AUGGUCGGGCCCUUUCUCCUCUCCAAGCGCGCUGUUCAUGACCGCGCCCUCUCUCUGUGUUCUGCAUGCAAUAUCGCGAAUGCCGGUGAGAGAGCAGAAAAAAAGACUAUCAAAAAAAAGGAGGGGAUCCCUGUUUUUGACGAACAGAAAGAGAACAAGCGAGCGAGCAAAAGAUCCUCUUUCCUACCGCCUCGUUCUUUGAAGUCGGUCAUGACAAGAAGAAAACAAGAAUUGCUUUUCCCUUUUACAAAACUACUAGUCAUGUCCAACAAGUAUGUCAUGGCAUCAAGGGGGUACAUCAUGAUCUACCAAGUUGCCGCUGCCGCUGCCGCUGCCGGCAUUGUGUUUUAUGUAUGCUGGUCUCAAUCAGAUAAGUCGAGUCAAGUCCUCCUCUCCCACCCAAGUACCGCGUACCGUACCGUCUUUGACACACCAAUGCCGAGUGUAUCACAAUUCGGAGGAAUGGCCUUAUUUCGAGAUGUCGGUCUGUCAAAGUUUGGAAGCUGCUUGAAGCGGACAGGAAAUAGAGUCACUCCAUCGAAUUGGGGCCGGGGCUCCAUCUUCGUACUGCACACUAUACAAACUGUUGGUCUAGCUGCAUGCUACUACGCACAUCGGCUGCAGUUUUCUGCUCCACUGCACACGUGGUGGGAUGCCGGUAGAGUAGUCGAGUUUUGUUAG